GCUCUGCGCCACCUACUGGCUUAGACGCGUAUGAGCGCCAAGCUGAUGACGUGGUUCGCUCAGUUGACCACCAGAGCAGCAGGAUGGCCGACCAGAGUAGGCAAAUAAAACUCGCUGCAGCUAAGAAAAAGCUGAAGGAAUUUCAACAGAAGAGCUCCCCUGCUAGUGUAGGAGGAGAAAAAGGAGGAGCAGCCAAGAAGAAGAGAAAGGUGAAGGGAUCCAGCCAACUUGAUGCACCUUCACCAGACAGAAACUCUCCAGACAAUUUUGACAGUUUUCUAAAAGCACUUAGUCAAAGCAAUGGAAUAGUCCUCCCUCAUUAUGGCAACUGUCAGACCUUCGCUGACAUGGAGGCCAUGGGGUCUUCAGUUCAGUCUUCAGCUCAGCUGCUGGAGGAGCCAAACAGCGAGUCUGAUUACAUCUCACCUGUGUCUAACCCCGCUAGCGCUAACACUGCUACUAACUCUGAGUCUGUCGAUCACAACACUGAGGAUUACCCUGAUACCAACGGCAAUGAGAAUUCAAUGGAGGAAAAUAGGCCGCUGUCUUCCACAGAGAGCCUGCGACAGCUCUCGCAGCAACUGAACGGCUUGGUCUCUGAGUCGUCUGCUGCAUAUGUGAAUGGAGAUGGCGCACCUUCUCUGAGUGAGCGAGAACUGGAGAGUCGAAACCAGGAGCUGGCAGUCGCCCUGGAAUCCAGCAACCUAACAAACUCUCAGCUCACUACCAAGCUAGGCCAGCUGACACAGCAAUCUCAGGAGCUUACAGAUCAGCUACAAAAGGAGCGAAAAGAAUUUGAACAGAGAUUUUCAAAAGAGCAGGGUGCCAUGCGGGAGCAAUUACAGGUUCAUAUCCAGACCAUUGGCAUACUCGUAGCUGAGAAAUCUGAGCUACAAACAGCACUACAAUACACACAACAGGCUGCACGGCAAAAAACAGCUGAGGCAGAGGAACUGAAUAACCGUCUGCAAUCAACAAGGCAGAGAGUGUCAGAACUUGAAAGAACUCUCUCUUCUGUCUCAUCGCAGCAGAAACAGUUUGAAAAGCACAACAAAGAGCUUGAAAAGGAAAGAGACAAUCUGAGAUUGGAGGUGUUUAGACUAAACAAUUUGAGCGAGGAGUCGAAGCAGCAGAGCUCGGAGCUGUCAGAGCAGAUAAAACUGAGUACACAAGAAAAUGCCGCAAUGAAGUUGGAGGUAGAAGAUCUUCGCAAGAGGCUCGAGAUAACUGACCUCAUGUUACAGCAGUGUUCAAGUCAGUCAGAUCCUACCAGUGCCAGCCAGCAGGUUCAGUUACUGCUGGAAGAGAAGCAGCAGCUGGAGGCGCACAAUCACCAGCUUAUGGAGUCCAUUACCCAGCUGAAGACAGAAAGGGAUUGUUAUGCAGUGCAGAUCCAGGAAGAAGGUCGUGUGUGGAAGGACAAAACUGAACAACUGCUAACACAGGUUUCUCUGGUGGCAGAAGAGAGGGAUAGAAACAUCAACCGGGUGCAAGAACUGGAGGCCAGCAUUGCAGAGUUAAGAAAUGCUGCAGCAUUAUUAUCCCAGGAGAAAGAAGCUCAGCAUGGCACAGAGCCUCAGUCCUCAGGACCAUCAGAAAAUGAGGUGGCUUUACAGGAGGCCCUUAAUGCCCUACAACAAGAGAAAGAUGCCAUUACAUCACAGUAUCAGGCACAGCUGAGGGACAACGAGCAGCUGAGCCGUAUGUGUGCAGAGCAGGAGUCGCGUCUGGGGGAGCUGGAGCGUCAGGUGGAGAGCCAAACCCAGGAGGCUGAGGACCGCCGACGCAUGUUAGAGGAUGUUCAGUCAGACAAGGCCACUAUUAGCCGUGCUCUCACCCAGAACCGAACACUGAAGGACCAGCUGGCUGAGCUACAGAACGGUUUUGUCAAACUGACGAAUGAGAACAUGGAGUUGACUACAGCCAUCCAAUCAGAACAACAUGUGAAAAAGGAGCUUGCACGCAGAAUGGGUGAAUUGCAAGAGGAGUUGCACAACGUCAAGGAGCAGCUUGAGCUGAAAUGCACAGAAGCUCAGGGUCUGAUGGAGCAGAGGGAUCAGGUAGCGGCACAUCUCCAGCAGUACUGUGCUGGCUACCAGGCCCUGGUCUCAGAGAGGGAACAGCUCCACCAACAGUAUCUGCAGCAGAGUCAGCUAAUGGACCGACUACAGCACAAUGAAAGCAAUGGCCGUGCACAGCUGGAGAUGAGUCACAAUCAGCUUAAACAAGCCCAUGAGCAUCUGGAACAGUUAGUCAGAGACAAUGAGCAGCUGAAAGCUGAGGUGAAAGAGCUGCUCAACAGCUCUGCUCUUAUGACAUCACCCAGAGACCAAGGAGAUGGAGUGGAAAGCCAGUCCCUGCAAGAAAGUCCAACAAAGUCUUCCCCCAUAGUUAUUCCAGAGGAUUUUGAGAGCCAGAAAGAGAUGGAGGAUUUUAUUCGUGGAGCUCUGGCUCAGCUGGAGGCAGAGAGGGACGAGGCUAGAAGGCAACUGGAGGAGGAGCGCAGGCUUCACAUAGCAGCCCGGCACCAGGCCAGCGUCACCCUCAGUCUGGAGCAGCAGCGCCACAGCCAAACACCUGUUAAUGACCACGAGCACGAGCACGGUCACGGUCACAGUCACGGUCAACACAGUCACUGUGAGCACAGCCAUGAGCAUUCAGAAGGAGGAGUGCCGGUGGAAGUUCAUCAGGCCCUGCAAGCUGCAAUGGAGAAGCUGCAGCAGCGUUUCACAUCCCUCAUGCAAGAGAAAGCAGACCUGAAGGAGAGGGUGGAGGAACUGGAGCACCGCUGCAUCCAGCUGUCUGGAGAGACUGACACAAUAGGCGAGUAUAUCGCCCUGUACCAGAGUCAGCGGGCUAUUAUGAAACAGAAGCAUCAAGAGAAAGAGCAAUACAUCAGCAUGCUGGCCCAAGACAAGGAGGAGAUGAAGGCAAAGCUGGCUGAGCUGCAGGAUCUUGUGAUGAGGCUGGUAGCUGAGAGGAAUGACUGGUACAACCGCUACACUGGAGCUGUAGCCGGCAUGUGCACAGUAAACCCUGACCUGCUUCCUGUUGGACAGGAACACACUCACCCAGACCACCAAGCACACACGCACACAGAGCUUCAUGCGGCCACUGGAGCAGAAGCAAUGGAGGACAUCCCUCUGUCAGAACCUGCCGCUGGUCUGGAAGCUUCCUCAUCCCAGAUGCUGUUGACUGGCCAGACUGACUCCAAGCCCCUGGUGCCUAAAGAGGACGCCACAGCCCAGCAAAUCAUGCAGCUGCUUCAGGAGAUCCAGAACCCUCAAGGAGCUCAAAGAUCACCCCCCUUUCUGGGAGAGAACCCCUGCAUCCCCUUCUUUUACCGGCCUGACGAACAGGACGAAGUAAAGAUCCUGGUGGUGUGAGAUGUGGGUGUGACUGAGUAGGUGUGUGUGUAAACAUGAGAAAUGUUGGACUUGUGUUGAAGUGUGGGAAAUAUUAAACCCUACAGUUUACCACGUUUGUAGCUUACUGAUGAUCUUCUCAAACACUUCACAAUAUCGGAAAUCUUACAUGACUGGUCGAAGAUGCACGAAUGUCUUUGACCCAGUUACAUUAAAACACCCACCCCCGUUCCGCGUGUCAGCACUACUGUGUGUGAGGCUUAAUUGAGAGGAUUUUGUAUUUGCUGUUUGUCUUUAUGUUCUUGUUGUCCCUGAUGCUUUUCCCAGCGAGGAAGUGGUCAGUAUUCCUAAAUGCAAUCUGAUUUUUUUUUUUUCACCUCAGUUUUGAAUUCCCAUCUCACACAUUUGUGCAAUAAAUGGGGCCGUAUAUCCUGUCCCCUCGCUGAUAGAGUACUGAAAGAGCUGUCAAGUAUUAACAGCCUGUUUGUGUGCAACUUUAUUCAAGUGCAAAUGUCAGUUUAAAUCCACUGUACACAUGCCAAAAAACAAAACAAAAAAAGAGAGCGAGCGAGCAUCACAUUUGAAUGUAAUAACCUCAAUAUUAACCUGUAUGUGUGUUUAAUGUGAAGUGAGGAGAGGGGAUGCAGAAAGAGCAUAUCAGGUUGGGUAACUAAUGAGUGUGGAGUGAGAUAUAAGGUGAAGUUAAGUGAGUGAAAGGGGUUUAGUGCACAUAAAAGCUUUUAAACUGUAGGUGGUGUUCAGUUUUGAAGUCAAGAGCUCGCUACGUUACAUAAUUCAGGAAGAUGGAGGUGGAUGUUGCUGAUUGGUACUGUUCUUUUUCCUCCAGACACUGAAAAUAAGUCAUGUUUGUACAUUGUAAAAUGUUAGUAUUUGUGAUUUAUUUUAUUUUAUUUUUUUUUCCUUAUGUUUUGUCCUGUUAGAGUAAAAAGUCAUCACCUUUAUAGGGCAUAGGGCAUAGAUGGAUUUUAGAGACCCAUGAAGUUAAGCAGUUACUCAGUUAUAAAGGCAUUGAAGUCAUCUUCUCCAAACUGUCGCAUGGAUAAAGUAAAUAUAAACAUAAACAUUAGUGGUUGCGGUGCUGUGCUGCUGCUGACUGCUUUUCACAUUAUUUCUGUGUUAUUUUACUUCAUCUUUGCAGUUAUUGCAAUUUUUGGGGAAGUUGCUCAUAGUUUAAUGUCUAUACCUGCAGCUAAACAUCAUCUUUGUUCCUCAAAUCAGGUAAUCUGGUGCUCUGGGGUAUUUGGCUGACCUCAUCACAGACUCGGUCACUCAUGUCUCAUUUCAUCUUAUCCCUAACUACGCCUUUGCUGUCACGGGGUCUUUAAGUUUCCAAACAAAUCGACACUAAAAACAUGAGCCCGAUCUUCUCUGUUACGUUUUCGUGUAGUUCUACAUAUCAGUGAUGAAUUGAUGCACAUCUUUAACAACUGGACUGUGUGAGUAUGCGUAUGUGUGAAAUCCAAACUGUUUUCCUCCUCAGCCAAAAUUGCAUCUGUUGUGCUUUUUUUUUGUUUUGUUUUUUUUGUUUGUUUGUUUGUUUGUUUUGGGGGUUGUUUUGUUUUUGUUUGUUUGUUUUUUUUUGUAGAGUUCUAUCAGAUUAUAUAAGUAUGAUUGCACUAAAACUGUACAUAGCUUCUCGUUUAUCCCACCUCUGCUCCGGCUGCUGGUCGGACAGAUGUGUUUCUAACAAGAGAGAGGAUCCUAUGAAGCUUCAUGCCACAUGCUGAGGAUUCUGCUAAAUUGAGUGUUGAUGGAGGUGUGACGAGACACAGUCUAGCCAGAUUAAACGAAUGAGAUAUUAAAUUAUUUCUGUAGGUAAGGGACCAUUUAGAUUUUGAGAAAAGAUAUUCCUCUUUUUAAAAAUUAAGAGAAUAAAGUAGGACUGAUUUGUUAUAGUUGGUAGUUGUAUUGGCUACAGAACACUUGAAUAAAUCUCCUUUGGGCAUUAAAAGUCAAGACAUUGGGGAAAACUCCCAACAUCAGGGCUGAAAUUCAAGUUUCUCUGUCUAGCUUUAAGAGAGAUUGGAGACUAUAUUGAUUGAAUUGUGAAAUUGCAUCCAUUUAUAAUUAAUAAUUCAAAUUACCACAGCUGAUUUCUUUCCCUUUCUUUCACUUAGACCAAAUUUAGGCAACUUCUGUUUUUUGUGUGUGUGUUUUUUUUACUUUUAAUGCGCAAGAUAAGGGGUCACUGCAAGGCCAUGUCCAAAAAAUGAAUUCAUUGAGACUACUUCUGCAAAAGUUUGUAUGCAUACAUGUUUGUCUCUGAAUUUUGAGAUCUUCUUGUGCUUUAAAGGGCAUGUUCAUUAAAUUAUUAGUCGCGCACUUGAUAUUUAUCGCUAAAAUUUAUUGGGCAGAAAGCAGUUUGGUAUUUUAGGCAUAUUAUACAACGUCAGAUGGGACUGUGUCGUAGUUGUAUGUACUCAGUGUUGGUUUCUUUACAGAGAAAGUAAACAGCACCUUCCCUAAACCUCCGCACUUUGCCAUAAAAAGGUGUUUUUGAGUAAAAUUACUCCAUCAUUCUUCCCUGUUUCUUAGCAAUCAGUCCCUUUUUUCUUUUCUUUUUUUUUGUCUUUUUGCUUUUAGCCAGGGGUAAGACCAAGAGAUAAAUCUACAUUAGGUGUUUUGGGAUUUUCUGGGGCAUGUAAAAUAAUAACAGCUGUGUGGAUUUCUGAGGUUUUCUAAUUCCCUUUCAAAUGCGUGAUUGAAACAUGGCAAUGAGGAAGAAUUUCUUGUCUCUACUGUAUAAGAGGUGGUGUAUAUACUGUACCUGUGUAACAUAUUGUAUAUUCAUUAUGCCUGGUGUAUGAGGUGGGGGGAAGCUGCUCUGCCGUAUUUACUGGCAGCUUGUAUUGUAUGCGUGCUAGUCCAGAGUUGGGGUUUUGGAGGUUACUGACUGGCUGUGAUUCAGUACAAAGAUUGACAAAGAGAAAAUAUUUUAUUUAUUUGAAAAAUAAGUUAGCAUCUCAACUAAUCAGUUUUAAUGUAAAUUCGAAGUGACUGUAGGAUGAAAAUGAAGGAUCACUGAGAGAACUGAUUUGUAUGAGUGCUGCUUCUGACAGAAGCCUUCUGAUUUAUUUUUUCCUUGAGUAAUAUUUCUCCCCUUCUCCUGAAUAAAGCUGAUUGAAAAACG